AUGCCGAUUUCAGGACAUGAAGAGAGUGGGGUAAAGUCCUUUGCUGGUCAAUUUAGUGAUUUAGUUGCAGGUGUGCCAAUCAAGAAAAGGAGGUACCCACCUCUGUUUAGGUCUUCUUCUCCUCCGACUCCUCCUUCUGAAGAAACAUGUUCAAUCCCUGAAGAAACUGAGUUGCAACGAAAAGAAAAUUCAAGCGCUUCUCAAGGAUCGACUCUAUCAAAUCUCAGUAUCGCAGGUGCACCUAUCAAGAAAAGGAGGUUUCCUUCUUCACUUCAAGCUUCUUCACCUUCUUUGGAAGAGGCUUCGCUUCAGGAAAAAAGUCAUGCUUUGCGAAAGGAUCAUUCAAGCACGUCGCUGGGUUCAACCCUUUCCACCAGUUCUGCUGGGUUACCUGAUACCAUUGGAAACACUGUAUUUGAAGAAAAGAAAUCAAGUUCUGAUGUUACCAUUGGGAACCCUGUUUUUGAAGAAAAGAAAUCGACUUCUGAUGUUACCAUUGGGAACCCUGUUUUUGAAGAAAAGAAAUUGACUUCUGAAGUCACCAAUGCUGACUUGGGGCAAAAAAAAUCUUUGCUUAUGCCUAAACAGGAGAAAUCUAACUCUGAAACUCCAUCGUGUACUUUGGCUGUUGUGAAUAGCAAAGAAAAGGUGGUCCUUAAUGAAUGUAAUGAUAAAAAUUUGGGAUCCCAAACAAUUAAGCCGAAUACAGCACUCUCAUUGGCUGCAAAACAAGGUCUUGCACUUGGCAUUGGAGCGGAUGUGAGCAAACAAAUUGUCCAAGACACGGUUAAACAAGAGAGUCCUGUAGUUUCUGGUAGUACUAGCUUAUCUUUAAGCUUUAAGGAGCAUUUGUUUGCAUCUGUUACAAGUUCGAAAAUUAACGAGAUAAAUCCCAAUCUCGAUAAAGGAGAACCUGUCUCACUGGAAUUAUCUUUAAGCAAGGAGGAAUGUAGUACUCAUAGUUCAAAUACUGAUGCUAAAAGUGAUAGUGACACUACUCGUGUUAAUAGCAGGGCUAACUGGGAUCUGAAUACUACAAUGGAUGCAUGGGAUGAAGGGAGUGAUGCCAGUUCUGUUAAAACUUCUAUUGAUGGACUGAAUAUUACUCACAAUGCACAUGAUGCAAAACAGUUAUUGAGCAACACUGGGAUGACACCACCAACAAGUGUUAUAUCUGAAAUGCAAGCACAUAAAAAAAAUCAGAACAAAGCUACCACCAUUACUUCACCGAGUCUGCAUGGGCAGCAGUAUAGAUGCGUCGAUUCACGUGAUCUCUGUCUUUCAUCUUAUGUUCAAAAGUAUGUUGAGGAGCCCUCUAGAAUAUCGCCUGAACUAAAUUCAGGCAGUGCUACUCCCGUUGUUAGUUUGCCAAGUCUGGAAGGUACUGCUGGUGAUGCAAAUACUGCUAGUUUUAGGUUGGUAAAAUCAGAGCCAUGUGAUGAUAACUUAAAAAAGAAUUUGAAAGAAGCUAGUGCCGGUCCUGUAGGUUCAUUAGACAAUGCUGCUGUCAAACAAGAAUUUAUUCAUCAUUCAACUAUUAAGACAUCUAAUUCAACUGUUAGCAAUUCAAAGUUGGUUGAUUCUACAGUCAUUAAAUCUGAACCAAGUCAUGAGGGUAGUCAGGAAAGAUCCAAAACAGCCGAGAGUACUGCUACAGGUCAACCGGAAAAUUGUAGCCGCGCAGAAGGAGUAAAUGUUGAAAAAGCCUGUGAGGAAGUUUCCUCAAAUCCUGAGCCUGUUCCUCUGGUAACAGUUGCUUUUCCUAUGGUUGGUACUGCUACAGAAUUGAGUAAUCAUGCCUUGAAAUAUUCUUCUGUUGUUACCAAGAAAGAAGUGGCUGAUGAUCAUGAUGGUUGUAGAUUGAAACUCAUGAAUGAGCCUUCUGAUCCUCGAGAUAGCCGUGAAGGCUGUGUUAGUGAUGAAGAAAAGAUAACCUUGUCUGCUGAUAUGUUGGAGGAUGAUUCUUAUGGUUCUGAUUUAGAGUCAGAUGACAACCAUGCUGUAACUGUUGCUGUAGACAUUGGGCGAUACGUUGAAGAUGAUGAUUACGAGGAUGGUGAGGUUAGAGAACCCCUGGAGCCUUCCAAAGUGGAGGACAUCAUAUGUGAGGUAAGAGAGGUAGAACAUCCCGACUUAGGUAAUUAUGAUAAUAAACCAGUGGAGAAAGGAGUUGUGAGUAAUGAUUAUCUCACUUCAUCUCGUGUGGUGGAAAAUGACAAUACUUCUGUAAUCCACAAUGAAAUAAUUAGUAAAGAUGGUGUGAACAUUCCAAUGCAUGAGAAGCUUGGUAAAGUCAUUGAUAAAAAUGUGUGUGUGCAAGAGUCAUUGGACGGUGAAAAAUCUGAUAUCGCUGCUGAUAAGAGACCAGUUAAUGUUUUGGAAAGGAAACAAUUAGAUCUUUCAGAAAGAAUAAUUUCAUCUGAAACUCAGGAUGUACAGCCUUCUGAUCAUGCCAUUGAUGGAAGCCAUGUGAUAGAUGUCCAAUGUGCUGAUGAGGUUGUGAAGACAACCGACACAGUUAGACAAACUGACUUUGAUUUUCCUAAGAUGGAAGGAUAUGCAAAUGCUGAAGAUAUAACUAAAGAUGUUUGUAACAGUGGUAAUCAAGGAAGAAUAAUAGAUCUGUCACGAGCUGCUAGUUCGUCAUCUCCUAGUAAAACUAGGCCUAUUUCAGGCAGAUCUCUUCCAACUCGAGCUGGAAGAGAUGUUUUGUCCGACACACUUGACGGGGAUAAGUUAUACAGAGGAAGAGAUGAAGUUUACAUUGAUGCUCCCCAUAGAUUUUCAAGAGAAAGACAUCAAGACAGGAACUCUAGAUUAAAUUUUGGACGUGGUAGAGGAAGAGUUAAUAAUCGAAUUCGCGGUGAUUGGGAAUCUGAGCGUGAAUAUUCUGGUGAAUUUUACAAUGGUCCGAGUCAACAGUUCCGCGGCUCGAGGUCAAAAUAUGCUUCUGCUAUUGAUGAUACUGAUCUGGAGUACAACAAUGUUGGACCAGAUGACUCAUAUGUUGUCAAUGGACGAUUAGGUAGAAAGCCAUUGAAUGACGGCUCUUACAUUGCACCAAGAAGAAGGUCACCUGCAGGUGGAAGAGAUGGGAUCCAAAUGGGUCACAGAAAUCCAAGGGCGGUUAGCCCGAAUAAUAGAUGUAUUGGGGGGGAUGGUUCAGAGUUAGGUGGUAUGAGGCACAGUGAGAAAUUUAUGAGGGGUUUUCCCGAUACCCUAGAUUCAGUGUAUUCACGCCCACAACAAUUUGAAGGACUGGAUGGUCGGUUUUCAAGAGGAAGGGGUAGGAAUUUUUCUUCAAUGCAGAGAAGGGGUGGUCUUGCUCGAAUGCGUUCAAAGUCGCCCGUCAGAUCAAGGAGUCGUUCUCCUGGUCAAUGGUCAUCUCCAAGAAGGAGAUCCCCCAGAAGAAGAUCCCCAGAUGGUUUUGGUGGCCAUCCUGAAAUGUCUCAUAGAAGAUCACCAUUAUACAGAGUUGACAGAAUGAGAUCCCCUGAUCGACCCGUUUUCACUGGGGAGAGAGUGGUUAGGAGACAUGGCUCACCCCAAUUUAUAUCACGACCUUCUAAUGAUAUGAGGGACAUUGAUUCUGCAAGGGACCAUGGUCAUCCAAGACCCGGCAUUUCCAAUAGGAGUCCAUCUGGUAGGAUUUUAAUCAGGAGCAACAGAAGAUUUGAUGUUGUAGAUCCCAGAGACAGAGCAGAUAAUGAUGACGAAUACUUUGGUAGUGGCGGGCCUAUGCAUUCUGGCAGGAUGCUAGAGCAUAAUAAUAGUGAAGGAAAUGGUGAGGAGAGGAGAAGAUUUGGUGAGAGACGAGGUCCUGUUCGAACUUUCAGGCCUCCCUAUAACAACGCUAAUAGUAAUGUUGGUGAGAACUUUCACCUUAAUGCUGAAGAUGGACCUAGACAACAUUAUAGAUUCUGUUCGAACGAGUCGGAUUUUCAUGAGAGAGGUAGCAACUUAAGGGAAAGGGACUUUGAUAGACGGAUGAAAGGUAGGACUGGAAAUGGCCCACCUAGAAGAACAAGAAACAUGGAUGAACAAGAAGAAAAUUUCAGGCAUGGUGGACAAGUUUGGAGUGAUGAUGGUUUUGAUGAUAUUUCCCGAGUGAAAAGAAAAAGAUUUUGA